CUCGUAGCGCCAGCACCAUCCCAACCACACCAACCACCACCCAGCAGCCACCUACCAGCAACCACCAGCAGCUACCAGCAGCUCCAGCGUUGCGAACAGCCCCAUUCCUUCAGUUGACUUCGCGUUGGCGGUAGCCGCCAGCCGCUGCUGCGAUUGCAAAUCAGAAUCGGAAUCCGGAUGCUGCGGUCAGUGCUCCGGGGCGACUGAGUGGCAAUGGAAUUCGACGGAGCGCUCGGCACCGAUUAUUCCGCCAGAUGCGAGACACGGCAGCCACCAGCGCCCAGCCAGCCAUGAUUGUGAUGAGCAUCUGGUGCAGCAGCCUCAGCCUGAGCAGCCGCAGCCUGGCCAUCGCCCUGGUGAUCUGCGUGACUCUGGUCUACUUCUCCUACAGCUUCAACGCCUGCCUCCUGGCCAGCAUCAGUCGCAGCCUGCAGCAGAGCAACUUACGCAACCUACUGGCGCUGACCUCCUCGCCCCGCAACGAGACCAAUAACGCCACCAACAGCAGCGGCAGCAGCAGCAGCAGGAACAGCUCAUCCACCACCGGUGCUCCGCCGGCACAGACGGUGACCAGCAGCCUGGAUGGGGCGCCCAAGUAUCAGCUGCUCCGUCAGCAGGGGCUCCGACCAUCGCGCCACCUGCCCGACACGCUCAUCAUUGGCGUGAAGAAGAGCGGGACGCGGGCGCUGCUCGAGUUCAUCCGCCUGCAUCCGGACGUGCGGGCCGCCGGUUCGGAGGUGCACUUCUUCGACAGGCACUACCAGCGGGGACUACGCUGGUACCGCCACCACAUGCCGUACACCAUCGAGGGCCAGAUCACCAUGGAGAAGACGCCCAGCUACUUCGUCACCAAGGAGGUGCCGCAGCGCGUCUACCACAUGAAUCCGGCCACAAAAUUGCUGAUUGUGGUGCGGGAUCCGGUGACGCGGGCCAUCUCCGACUACACGCAGGCGGCGAGCAAGAAGGCGGACAUGAAACGCUUCGAGCAGCUGGCCUUCGUCAACGGGAGCUACUCGGUGGUGGACACCAACUGGGGGCCGGUGAAGAUCGGCGUCUAUGCACGCUACCUGGAGCGCUGGCUGCUCUACUUUCCGCUCUCGCAGCUGCUCUUCAUCAGCGGCGAGCGGCUGAUCAUGGAUCCCGCCUACGAGAUUGGACGCGUACAGGACUUCCUCGGCCUGAAGCGCGUGGUCACCGAGAAGCACUUCUACUUCAAUGCCACCAAGGGCUUCCCCUGCCUCUUCAAGUCGGAGGCCCGCUCCACGCCCCACUGUCUGGGUAAGACCAAGGGGCGCAACCAUCCGCACAUAGAUCCCGGGGCCAUCGAGCGCCUCCGGGAGUUCUAUCGGCCGUUCAACAACAAGUUUUACCAGCUGACGGGCAUCAACUUCGCCUGGCCAUAGGAUCCACGGCUGGCAGGCGCGAAGUGAAUGGAGUUUGGGAAUAGGAGAUAUUGUUGUUGCUGACCACGGCAACGGACUGAUAUUGUUGAUUGCAUUUUUGAUACAUAUAAUUGUACUUAUAUAUAGUAUAUACACACACAUAAAGUUAGUGCUCAAUUAAUUGUAGCUUUAUCUGGAGACAAAUUCAACGAAGUGCGCCCCCUGAAAAGUCCGCACUCAAACAAUACGGUUCCUCACUCCAAUUCAAAUGAAAUGAAACUCAACUCACUCUUCCCACUAUACUCGAAAGUCAGGCAGUUGGACGUGGAGGAGCCACGUUCGAUCCGAGAUGGACUUGGUUCCCCCGUCCGCUGGGCACACACAUUGCUAUGUACUACCACUACCUAAGAUCAUUAUACCUAAGAUCAUUAUGUGCAUUUAUAUACAAGAAUAGUGAAAAAAUAGAGCUUACUACGAAAUUCCUACAGUCUCCUAAACUAAACAACAUAUACAAAAUAUUGUAUGCAUAGUUCCAAGAAUUUCAAUUGCAUGACUCAACCAAUACGAUUGCUUAGCCAAUUUCAAUUAAAACACAAACUAAA